AUGAUGUUAUUCUGUUUUGGUUUCUCUGUUGUAUAUAGCUCUGCAAGCACAUCAUUUGCACAACCUUCAGGGAUUUCAUUAUCACCAGAUUUAAAGGAGGUGUAUAUUGCUGAUAGUGAAAGUAGCUCCAUUCGAGCACUUGAUCUGAAAACAGGAGGAUCAAGAUUACUAGCUGGCGGUGAUCCAGUUUUUGCAGACAAUUUGUUUAGGUUUGGGGACCAUGACGGAUUAGGCUCUGAAGUACUGCUUCAACAUCCAUUGGGUGUCUUAUGUGGAAAGGAUGGUCAAAUUUAUCUUGCAGAUUCUUAUAAUCACAAGAUCAAGAAACUAGAUCCAGCAAGUAGAAGAGUGAGCACAAUAGCAGGUACAGGCAAAGCUGGUUUCAAGGAUGGAGUAGCGCUAACAGCUCAGCUUUCAGAGCCAUCAGGAAUUGUUGAAGCAGAAAAUGGUAAUCCUCCUUUCUAUAAUAUGCCACAUUUUCUUCAUUAAGAGUUCUUGGCUGCAUUCCGAAAAUUGACAGGACAAUGUUGUUUGAUCCUUCUCAAUACAAUUAUGAAAACAGACUGUACUUGAAAUUAAGUUCGUAAACUGUUUGAUAUUGGUGAUCAUUAUUGGUAGAGGGUAAUUGAUGCAAAUAGUGCAGUAACGGGGAAUUGUUAUAGAUGAUAUAGUGCAGAAAUUUCAAGACAGCAUAGAAGUGUGAUAUCCAAACAUGAAACAACUACUAGAAUUGAUAUUAAGAAACAAAGGGCAAGUAUUCUCCUCAGACCAAAGAAACAUACCUGAUUAUGAAAGUUUUCUGAAAUUAAUUGAAGCAAAAACUGCGUUGUUUUGCUUACUAGCCACGCAUGCAUAAAGCGUGGUCAAAUCUUCAAAACCCAAGCCACCAAAUCUUGAAAACCGUAGCUGGUUUAGGAUCUGUAACCCUUUAGAAAUUCUUCUCUUAAACUCUUCAAAAAUUGCUUGACUUGAGACUUACCACUACUUUUUUACCAAACCCAAAGUCUUUAUUUUCUAAAGGAAGCCACCAUAAUAUUUUUCAUAAUUCCUAAACGCCCCAAAAAUAUACAUUUGUUGCAAAACAACCAAAAUAUCCAAAAGGCCUUGGCUUAGGUUCAGCUAGGCCAAUUAGGAUUAAAAUCUAAAAUUGAAAAAAAUAUAACAACUCACCAAUGACACAAAUGCAUAAUACUCUGCAUAAAUAUACACAUCUGUAAUCUGAAUGCUCAUAAUCAGUGAAUUACUUGGAUCUUAACCAACAGCUAGCUGACUAAGCAGUGAAAAUGAAGUAUUGCAACAACACUAGGUUAUUUUCUUAAUGAUCAUCAAAUUUUGACUCGAUGCAGGUUUUGAUUUCUCCUUGUAAAUAUUAAGGAACAUAUACUUAGGUAGGAUGCCAUAGAUGAUGUCCAUAAAAGAAGUGGAUAUACUAUUCUAGUUGUUAAUCUGUGAUACUUCUAAAUGUGAGAUAACAUUAGCAUAUCCAUGUUCCACAAAUAGUAUCUAAGAAUAUUUAGUGCAUAUUUCACUGUCUCUGUCCAACUUGACCUGAUCUGACUGUUGAACUUUGAUUGUCCAUGAAUUUUGAAAAGCAGUUCUCUUUGGUGUACCAAUUGGCUGUCUGUGUUCUAAUCUUUUGACUUCCAAGGAUUAGUCUUAUCUCCAAUUUGUUCCUUUCAUCAAGACUUUGCACAUACUUAUGACCUUCCUAUUUCAUGUUUGAGUCUCAUUGUUAGUAUUUUACCUUAAAAAUGACCCUAACAUAGAACUUGGGCACUGAUUGUGAACAUUUUCAUUGUUGUGGUUGAAAUUGGAUUUAGCAAAGACAGAUAUCAGGAAGAAUAUAGGUCAAAAUCAUAGCCAAGAAAAAUGACACAUGAAAAUCUCAUCUCAGCUUCUAAAUCUGAAUUUCAUGCAAAGCAUCCAAAGGCAAAUAAAUCCAAUUCCUAUAUUAAAUUGAAAGGGACAGAGAGAUCUAAUCACAGAGAAGAAUCUUAUUUCUGGACAUUUAGUGGAGAUAAUUGAAAUCUAAAGAUCUUGGAUUUUAGGGUUUAGAGUGGAGAAGAGGCAAAAGAGGAAAAGAGAGAAGGAAUAGAUUAGAAAAUACGGUUAAGGAGAAUGAGAGU